CACAGGCAAAGAGAGCUCGUUGUAGGAGCAAAGGAGCGGCCAUGUCCCAAGCCAUCGUCCAGAGGGCAUGCGCGAAGCUCAGCUCCGCCUUAGUAGAUGAAACGGUGGCGCGUUUGAACUUCACCGCUGACCUGCGGGAUACAUUGGAGGCGUUCGACGCCAUCCAGCCGAUGCUGGACAAAGCCGAGAUGCAGCCGUUCAUGGAUAGUAAGGUGUCGUUUUGGCUGCAGCGUGCCUGCAACGCCGCCUACAAGACCAUAGACACAGUCGACGAGCUGCAGGACGCGAGACCACAGCCUACUGCAACGGUAUUGCACUCUGACGAUGGGAGAGGAGACGGCUCAGAGACGGACGCAGCAAGAAGAUACUCAUCGCUGGGGUACCGCGUGCUCGGGCGAAGGGUGCCAGCCCAAGAGCGAGUCAUCGGGCGGGGCAGCAGGUCCGAAGUGGAGACGGGCGACGACGAAGAAGAGCCCGCCUCCUCCGUGACCGCCGCGGGCGAGGCCACAGGCGAGGCCGCCGACGAGGCGGCGGGCGAGACCGCCGCGGGUGAAGCGGCCGCGGGCGAGGCCGCCGGCAUGGUCGAAGCUGGGGACGCCAGGGGCGUCGCGGGCGCCGAGGGAGGUGCGGCCCCUAGGGCAGCCAACCGGGGAGAGACUCGACCCGUGGCGCGGGGGGUACCCUCAAAGCCGGGAGGCGGCCCAAGAGAAGCACGUGAGGGUGCUGAGAAGAAGCUCAUCGGAGACCUUCUCGCCAAGGUCACGGAGCUCGUCAACAAGCUUCUUGAGGCGCAUGCAAUAAUUGUCAGCGGACGAGUCGAGCUGCUGGCACCCAAAAAACUCACCGUGCAAGAAAACCUUACGUUGGAGCGCGUUGUUGGUGAAGAGGCCGUUGAGCUUAGUCCAAACGGCGUGAGCAUCUUCGUUGGCGGAGACCACCGUGUGGAAGAGGUCCUUCGAGAUGAUGGUGUAGAACCAACGGAUAAGAGUGGCGUCGAUGGACGUCCACUCCUCAUCGUCCUCCAUGAAGCGGGAGUCCAUGGAACCAUCGAUGUGAUCUCGGAGAUUGUACUCACGGAACACGAGGGAGAAGUACGUCUUCCAGGCAUAGUAAGUGGAGGUGAGGUGAUCGAGGACGACGGGAACCCGAGCGAGGAUGUUGAGAUCACGGAUGACGACGGGAUCGGGGCCUUCGAACGUGUUGGUGCAGCGGCUGCGGGUGGAACCGGGGGAGGCCAUGGCCGAGAGGGGGUGCGGCGGCGCGUGAUGACAAGGAUGCUGCCCCGCCUUGCCAUCAUGAAGAAUGCCAUGGCCAUCCAGGUGCAGGAGACCAAAAAACUAGUGAUGUGGGUACAAGAGUAUUCGCGAGAGUUAUCAGGAUAUAUAGCAGACAAAACCAUAAUAUUCCAGAAAGUUAUUGAGGAACGAAAAACUGGACCAGUUUUUGAGGAAGCAAUGGUUCUGAAAAGAGGAUCAGAUAAACAGAGGAUAAUCGCCGCCCUGCUAUCUACUGAGCCUAACAUCACGCAAGAGCACAUCACAAUUCUUCCCAUCUUUGGAUUUCCUGGCAGCGGCAAGACAACCUUGGCACAAAUGGUUUUUAAUGAUACCCACUCCCUCCUAGGCUAUGACUUCCGAGCAUGGGUUCAUGUUUCUCCACAUUUCAACUUCCAUACAAUAGGCAAGUUCAUCAUUUGUCAGGUGUCAGGAAGAGGACAAGAAGAGAUCAGCCAUUCUUCUUCAGACGUGGAGGGGAUGGAGAGUAUAAUGAAGCGCCUUCACAAGCUACUUGAUGGUAAGAAGGUGCUCCUUGUGUUGGAUGAAUUGUGGGAGGAGGACCCCAUUCAGUUACAGUUGUUGAAGUCCAUGUUAACUUUCUUGGGAGACAAGAUGGACGUAAUAGUAACCACAUGCAACCAAGCCGUCGCCAGGAAGACCUGUACAGUUGAGCCAUACAGGCUAAAGCUACUAAGUGAUGAAACAUGCUGGGAAAUAAUCAAGAAAUCAAUCCGUUUUGAAGCAGGAGAAGAAGAGUUGGAGAAGAUUGGACGGAAGAUCACAAGCAAAUGCUGGGGUGUGCCAUCAAUAGCUCGCCAAUAUGCAGGCAUGCUAGAUUCUUCCCGUGAUGCUAACAAAUGGAAAAGAACCAUGCAAAUGAAUAUCUGGUCCUGGGGUGUACCAUCAGCCCUUUCAAGUCUCGAGCUAUGCUACAUGAGUAUGCCACCAGACUUGAGGCUAUGCUUUGAUAAUUAUUGUGCAGUCUUCCCAACUGGCCACAACAUAGUCAAAGAUGACCUGGUUCAGCAAUGGAUUGCUCUGCACCUCGUUGAGCAAUCUGAUAUAUUAUCUGCCGCACAGAUAGCUGAGAAGCAUAUUACCAGGCUUCAGGACAUGGCAUUCCUUCAAACUGCAGAGCUGGACCACGUGAGUAAUUGUCUACGACUGUACACUUUUGUCAAAUGUUUGUUGAAUUUUAGAGACACAAAAGUUGAAGUAAAAUUUAGGUGAA